UUCGGCGUCGACAAAUGGCCAGAAUUCUAAGUACAAUGGAUUCUCGUGGGCUGGAUGGAGUCAAUGCAGCGUGACGUGCGGUUAUGGCACGCGAAGUCGCUACGGACAGUCGGUGAAAUGCCAGCCGUACCAACCGUGCAAACGCACAUUUACCAAGCAGACUGCCAGGUGUUACAGCGGGAGGUCGUGCAACGGACCCGAUGUGAGUUGGGGCCGUUGGGGAGACUGCAGCGUCAGGUGUGGACGCGGCUACAAAGUGCGUAGAGGACGCGUCGACUGCAGCUUUUUGAGGAGGCAGUAUCCGACAGCAAGAUGCUAUCCUAACACCAUCCUUGCUAAGGCGGAUUGUAUUGGAAGUCGAUGCACUUAUGGAGUGACGUGGGGCGCUUGGAGCAAGUGUAGUGCGUCGUGUGGCGGUGGGACGCGCGUUAGGUAUGGUGUGAUGAGAUGUACUCCGUACUGGUAUGGGUGUGUGACACGCAAGGUGAAGAGAAGUGAAUCAUGCGGGAGAGAUCCCUGUCCACCGGACUCGACACCUACAGCUGAAGACAUCACCACGCGCCCUCCAACAACACAAGGACCAACCACCACGUCACCCGUUACAACAAUGUCACCCACUACGCUCGCACCCACCACAGACAAGCCAACCACAGAGCAACCUACAACACAAAGACCUACCACAGAAGAGCCUACAACACAACAGCCCACAACAGAAGAACCAACGACAGCAGAGCCUACCACGGAGGAGCCUACCACAGAGGAGCCUACAACAGAGGAGCCUACAACAGAGGAGCCUACCACAGAGGAGCCUACCACAGAGGAGCCUACAACAGAGGAGCCUACCACAGAGGAGCCUACCACAGAGCAGCCUACAACAGAGGAGCCUACCACAGAGGAGCCAACGACAGAGCAACCAACGACGGUCGCUCCCCCCGCGACAACCCAACCGACCCCGACCGAGGAAUGCAAAGACGGCCAGAGAUUCACGGACGUCUGCAAUCGGCUCUGUCAGUGCGUCGACGGCACGUUCGUCUGCUACCGCAUCCGCAAGGAGAUCUCAUCGAUGACGAGACCGGAGCGACUCAGUUACAUCACCGCUUACAAACGCAUGACCGUCGACCCCCGAACGCGCGACCGCUACUCCGCACUCAUCGACUCCCAUCGCAUUCUCUUCUUCCAGGGCCUCCACGACGACGUCUACUUCCUGCCCUGGCAUCGUUGGUAUCUCCUCCAGAUCGAGAACCUCGUGCGCGAGAUCGAUUGCCGCGUGACGAUUCCCUACUGGGCUUGGAGUCUCGUCUCGAACAGCAACUUUACGGCUCCGCUUUGGAGCGACGACGAAUCCUGGCUCGGCGGCGACGGCGUUUCCCCCGACCUUUGCGUGCAAACCGGCCCGUUUCGCGAAGGAGAGUACGAGCUGAUUGAUAGCGCGGUUUCGCGCUGUCUGCAGCGAACGUUCGAUUCGUCGCCGCUUCCGAACGAGAUGCUUGUGACCAUCGUGUUAGAGACCUCGCCCGCCGAUGUGACCGACUUCGUUUUCGGGUUGGAAUUCACGCUGCACAAUCGCGUCCAUUGUCAGAUCGGCGGCACGAUGUGCUCGAUCGAUUCGGCAAACGCGCCGGAGUUUUUCCUCCAUCACGGAUACGUCGACAAGAUAUGGCACGACUGGCAGCUGAAGAGUGAUCUCCACAAGACAAUCCUGUUUGCCGAUGAUGUAAUGCCCAUGAGGAGUCGAGUGGACUCGGACAUUCAGCUCGCUGGCGGUCUCUCUCCGGCUAAUCUUCACGACAACGAAAAUCUUCCCGGGGACGUCAAAAUCCGCUACGAGGCUCCCAAUCAUCACCGGGCGUACAUACUGAGUGCGGCCAUCACCAGCGGCGCACUCAGCGCCGCCGACCUCCGCUCCGUGCCGCAGAUUCCCGUCGGCGCGAUGCCCGACGGCGUGUGGAAGCUCUUUGGAGCGGGAAUGGAUUCGGCUGCGCUGCAGGCGGCGAAGGAGAAGGAUGCGGCGCUGACCGCCGUCCCCGAUGAGGCGGAUUCGCAGUCGCUGUCGGGUGUGGAUCUCGAUUUGGGAUUUAAAGUGUCGGACGUGGUGAAGAUGGCCGCCCAGAAGACCGCGGGAAAUACUGAAAAAUAAUCAGUAAUUCUUGUCGCCUCCCGUUGAUGCAAGGUGAUGUGAUUUGAGAGAGGACAAUGUAGUUUGCGAUUGGUCUGUAGAUGUACUGUGCAUGCACGUCUCGUUCGAGCGCGCAAUUGCUCGAAUUUAGGAAGAGAAAUUUAGUGCUGAAAACAACGGACGUGUGUAGUAAUUGGAGAUUUCAGCUCUUAGAUUGUUUAAUUAAUAUCUAGCCAGUCAAGCACAAUUAGCUAU